GUAAGUCGCGUUCGUCAUAUACACGGAACCAAUCACACUGACCGACAAAGCCGACAAACAAGUUCAAAGUCAUUAGCUGUAGACUACGUCAAGACCUGAAUAGUAAUUACAAUACAGUAUCUGGUAGUUACUUUUCUAUUACAGUGCCAGCAUAGAACGGAGCUUGUAGGAGCUGAGUCUCUGUAUCGUGUACUGUUUGUGUUCCUGCAUGAAGAUCUUUCUUGAUAAAAGUUACAAUGUCUGUAAACAACGCUUCGUCGACUUCUGUUAUUAACUUCGGAGCCGGUCCAGCCAAACUACCAGAGGAGGUUCUGCAAGAAGUACAAAGAGAAUUAAUUCAUUAUGGCACAACCAACAUUAGUGUCAUGGAGUUGAGUCAUCGCUCUGCAGACUAUGCUCUCAUCAAUGAUGGUGCCCAACAGGUUGUCAAAGACCUACUGAACAUUCCAGACAAUUACAAGAUCCUGUUGAUGCAGGGUGGAGGCACAGGCCUAUUUGCUGCUGUACCAUUGAAUUUCAUGUCUGAGACAGGCUGUGCGGACUACAUUGUAACAGGAGCUUGGUCAGCAAAGGCAGCCAAGGAGGCAGCGAAGUAUGGCAAGGUGAAUAUGGUCCUGCCCAAAAGUGACAGCUAUGUGGACAUUCCUGAACAAAAUACCUGGAAUCUUAGCCCUAAUGCUUCAUAUGUCUACUACUGUGCCAAUGAGACUGUUCAUGGAGUGGAAUUUCCUUUUAUCCCAGAUACUGGAGGUAUUCCUCUUGUGGCUGAUAUGUCUUCUAAUAUACUAUCCAGGCCCUUGNACAUUUCCAAGUUUGGAGCGAUAUUUGCUGGAGCCCAAAAAAACAUUGGUCCUGCUGGAGUAACAUUAGUGAUCGUAAGAGAAGAUCUACUGGGAAAGGCAGCUGUCACCUGCCCCACUAUUCUGGAUUUUAGUAUCAUGGCAAAGGACAACUCUGUUCACAACACACCUCCAACUUUCUCGAUAUAUGUCAUGGGACUGGUAUUCAAAUGGAUCAAGAGAAAUGGAGGUGUUGAAGGGAUGCAAGAAAGGGCAAUAAAGAAGAGUGGCAUUAUCUAUGAUAUUAUUUCUUCUUCCAACAAUUUCUACUAUUGUCCUGUAAAGGAUACUGUUCGCAGCCGGAUGAACAUUCCAUUCCGUGUUGGUGGACCAAAUGGAAAUGAUGAUUUGGAGAAGGAAUUCCUCUCUGGGGCACAGAAACUGGGAAUGUUACAGCUCAAAGGGCACAGGUCAGUAGGUGGAAUACGAGCAUCACUGUACAAUGCAGUAACAGUGGAAAAUACUGAGGUAUUAGGAGCAUACAUGAAAGAGUUCUACCAGACUCAUAAGAAGUAAUUAUCUGUAUUCAUGCAUCUAUAUUUCUUCUGUAUUAUGGUACUAAAUCUUACACACUAUUUACAACUAAAAAAUAUUGCAAUUUUUUGAAAGAGUGAAGUCCCUCAUAACUCUUUACCUCACUAUUAUAACUCUCCAGAUGCAUUUCUUUUCAGUUUGGCUGUCUUGCAUAAAUCAGAAUAAGAAUUUAUGUUAAGAUUCUUGUAUUUCUCAGCUUGGCUUAUACAUUGGAAUAUAUAAAAAAGAUGUGACUGAUUUACAAUUAUGUCUAAUCCAAAACUCAAAUUAUUCCUUAGUUGGCAACUAUGAGUACAUCAUGUUCUGUUCUUGGCUAUGUAAUUAAACUUCUUGGUCAGACUA